UUAAUUGAUAUAUAAGGAGCAAAAAUGUUCUUUUAGAUAUUUGCUUUUACUCGAGUAAGCCAGAAACCUGAAUAAAUUUUUCAUGCUGUAACGUCCAAACUAUGGUUUGUUUUGCUUUUGUAACGGGUGGUUUCAAAACGCGGCCGCUCCAAAAAGCGUUGUUUUGCAAAAUCACGACUGGUACCGUGUGCAUCAUGCCUAACUAUAUUCAUAUAUGUCUGAGUUUGGUGUCUAAAACUUUCCUUGCGGCUUCCCAAACUUUACAAAUUUUAUGCACUACAAGCAUUCAUCGCAUUGUUGAACUUUGAAUGAAAUAUACAAAUGUAGUGGAACCGGUUCAGCUGUAAAGUGUUGGCCGAGGUAAUGAUGAACGGACGACAGGGAACAAAAAUAUGGCUCGCCUUUGCUUGUGUGAUAGCGUUUCAAGUCGUUGUACGAUGCAAGAAUGGCAUUACGAUGGACGAAGCUUACGAGGCGUCAUAUACCGAUGAAAAUACUGUCGAACAAAGUUCAUUGGAUGAUAGGAUUUCUGAUAAUUUAAACGAAGUUCGAGAUAGCAAUUCGAAUGCACAAAAUUCCCAUGGCAUAGAUGGUGUUGACCGCGACGCUAGCACUCUAAAACUGGAUAAAGUAAGAAAUGAACUAAAUAGAAAGAAUGUUGGAGUGCCAUUGGAAGCUCAAGACGGUAUUUUCUCAGUUGGAAAAACUGCUAAAAAUUUUGAAGAAUUUUUAACCGAACAAGGCAAGCCAUCUGCCAACGCACGUCCUCAAAAUGAGCCGGAAAAUAAUAGGAUUGGAAAAAAAUCUGAUAUUUUGAAACAAUUUUUGGUUCAAGACCAACAAUUUCCUGCGAAAGUUGCAACAAGUGUCAACGCCGUGCGCCAAAAUCUUCCGCCAAACGUAACAAUACUGGACAAAAUGCGAGAUCUUAUGAGCUACGAAAGCUCUAUAUUGGAUUUUUCCAUACUAGACUCGUUUGAUUGGUUUGACGACACGACAACGUUAAAGUCGCGAAUGCGCCGAGACUCGGAGGCCUAUCACUACCGGAGAUUCCAGCAACCUCUACGAGCUUACAUCCCGGAAAAUUCUCCCCCCGGUACAAAGGUUUUGGAAAUCCCUCGGAACUUUGAUGGAGCGCUGGAAAUUGUGGAACCGGUAAAUCCGAUUUUUCGCAUAAGAAGCGGAACUGGCAUUCUUGAGACCACAGUGCGGCUGGAUUUUGAAAGCGAAAAAGUUUACAAUCUUAUUAUCCAGGACUCCGGCGUUUCCUCGUUUUAUAAUCAUGACGUCAUCGUUUACGUCACAGACCAGAAUGACAACGAGCCUACAUUCGCGAUGAACGAAUACAAAGGUAAUGUAAACACGGCAAGUCGGGUCGGGUCGUUUGUGGCUCAACUCAACGCCUCUGACCCUGAUAGUAGGGAACGUGGGCGUUUAGGUUUUCUCAUUGGGGACAGAAAUUCGGCGUUUACCGUCAACCCAAAAACUUGGGUAAUGGAAACCAAUGGUAGACCGCUUGAUUUAUCCCAAAAUAGUUUUCCGGUGAAUAUACGAGCGUUCGACCAAGGUUAUCCAAGACGUGAAAGUUCAACUAGGGUCUUGACUGUAAACAAAGCGAACAACCCCCCUAGAUUUAGUCAGUCGGAGUAUACAUUUAGCUAUCCGGAGAUAACGUUACCGGGGAUUGUGAUUGGUCGGGUCGUAGCGAUUAGUCUAUCGAAUAUCCCGGUCGGUUACGAAGUUGUCCCGACUUCCGAUGUCUUUGCGAUAAAUCAACGAGGAGAGUUAUCGUUGAAACGCAGUGUUGAUUUCGAAACCGCCGACGGUUUGACGACGACGAUCAUUACAAUUCGCGCCAGCGAGCUUACGGACAGCAACCCACUCUCAUCCCAGGCCUCUGUAACUCUUGUCGUCACGAACUACGACGAGAACCCUGCAAUAUUCACCAGGGCUAUCUACAAUGCGCAACUCGACGAGGAUGUUGGGAUUGGUACAUCGGUAACGACUGUAACGGUAACGGACUGUGACUGCGGAGUGAACUGCCAGUGCACUGGGACCGAGAUGAAUUUCGCCCUUGAAGAUGCUAAUGCUUACUUUGAUAUAAGCGCCACCGGUGAAAUUCGAACGGCAAAGCUUUUUGAUUUCGAUAUUCAAAGUGUAUACAGUUUUGCGGUGGUGGCUUGGGAUCGCGCUGGUAGCCGCGGUGAGAGUGAGCCCGCACGUUCUUAUGUCAGCGUCAAACUUCGUGACGUCAACAACAAUGCUCCAAAGUUUUCCGAAAGUCGCUACCGAUUCUUCGUCGACGAGGAUUCGGAAAUUGGCCAUCUUGUCGGGGUGGUCCAGGCCACAGAUAAGGACAACCUUGGUUCUCCGCUGACCUACAGCAUCACGGCGAGCUCGCCCAAGAGCGGACUAUUUCGUAUUCCAGACUCUAGAUUUGGGAUCGUCGUCGUGGCGUCCUCGUUAAAGGCAGAGACCGAAAGCGUUUUCGUCUUGAAUGUUGAAGCCAGCGAUGGUGUGCUACGCUCUCAGACGCAAGUUGAGAUCAACGUUGAAGAUGUAAAUGAUAACGCGCCCCAGUUCACGUCGUGCCCCGAAUCCGUGUCCGUCGAAGAGAACAUUAGCCCUGGAUCUCGGGUGACCGUUUUGAAAGCCGUCGACAGCGACCGUGGAAUACAUGCAAACAUCGAAUAUUUCAUCGAGGACUCCUAUGAUCUAUACACACCCGAUCAUCAAUUAGUUUUCGUCGUGAACAACCAGAGUGGUAAAGUGGAAACAGCACUGAAAUUGGACCGCGAACAAAAGUCGCAGUAUUUUCUUAUUUCCUCCGCAAAAGACCAAACUUUGAACAGCCAGUUGCGUCAAGUGGGAUACUGCCAAUUUGUCAUUCACGUCUCGGACGAGAACGACAACUAUCCCAUAUUCGAAGUCGAAGAAUAUCAAACUAGCGUCAAAACAGAUUUGGCUGUCGGCAGCCGCGUGCUCCAAGUCAAAGCAAUUGACCACGAUGUCGGGGAAAAUGCCAGGGUUACCUAUACUAUUGACAAGGGAAAUGACAAAAACCUGUUUGCGGUCGGUUUGGAUGGAUGGAUAACGGUGAAAUCAAGCUUGAUAGGUCAACUUGGGGAGGUGUCGCUGACCAUCACUGCUGGUAACGUUAAGGCGUACCACAAAGAUGCCAAGUCCGAUAAUACACAUGAGACUACGGUGAAGAUUUUAUUCACAACGAAAAACCUUCCGCGAUUUUCUCAACCUCUAUUUCAAACCAACGUAUUGGAAAACACGACUGUCAGUUCUACGGUGCUGACACUUACAACGGUGCCAACAUCAGCUGGAGGAAGCAUGAUAUAUAGCUUGGCCACGCUCCGUCUUGGAGAUUUUCCGUUUCGACUUGACCACAGCACGGGCGCGGUGACUCUAACACAGCCCCUCGAUUAUGAAAAACGCAAGCAAUACGUGUUUUCUGUUAACGCGAAGCAGCACACUGACAGCGGGACUGACAAUAAUCAGGUCGAAACGGCGGUUGAAAUUAACGUCGUCGAUGUCAAUGACGUCGCGCCGGUGUUCGCGCGAUCACGAUACGAUGCGACGGUUUCCGAAGGCGCACAACCUGGUACGAUGGUGAUACGAAUAUUUGCGAUAGAUUACGAUCCGUUAAACGUCGCUAUUUCGUACAAGAUGGAAGAGUUACUCGAUUCACAUUCAUUUCAAUUGACUUAUCGCGAUUCGUCUAUAGAAAUCAUUACGACCAGGAUGUUUGAUCGGGAGACUAGGGAGUAUUAUGACGUCAAUGUUGUUGCCACUGACAACGGGAACCCUCAGCUCCAAAGUACGGCUUACGUCAAAGUGCGUGUACUGGACGAGAACGACUCGCCCCCAGUGUUCGACGCGGCUCAUUAUACGGUCACAGUCCCGGAGAAUACCCCGGUCGGGACAACUAUAAAGACUGUUGUGAGUCGGGAUAUGGACUUCGGGAUAAAUGCCCGGGCUUUGUUUUCCAUUGCCGCCGGCAACGAUGGGAGGUUUCAGAUGACGUCACAAGAGGUAGCCAAUGGCAAUGAAGGACAUCUGGUCGUGGCGAGACCGUUGGAUUUUGAAGCGAAUUCUGAAUAUAAUCUCACUGUGGUUGCCAGUGAUGCAAAGUUUAGCAAUAGCACCGUAAUCACAGUAAAGAUAACCAAAUCGGACAAUAAGCCUCCACAGUUUGGGAAAAACCUUUACGACACCAAUCUUGAAGAAAACACCCCUUCUGGAAUGUUAGUCCUAGCCGUGUCCGCCGUUGACCCAGACACACCCAGCAACCAGCUUGUAUACACCCUAAACACAACCAUUGUUCCCUACUUCAACAUUGGCUCGACAACAGGGGAGAUUACCACUACCGGGGUUCCGCUUAACGUGGAAAAAGUUCCGGUUGUGGUUUUUCCCGUACAUGUUACUGAUGGCAAUAGCAUAGCCAGGGCCUUGGUUGUAGUAAAUGUUUUGGAUGUGAACGAGCCACCAUAUUUUCCAAACAGCCCUUAUAUUGGUUUUGUCCCUGAAAAUAAACCCAUUGGUACACCAGUUCGGUAUAUCACGGCCUUUGACGACGACGAUCCGAAGCUUGCCAAUGGAAAGAAUUCUAAAAUUUCUUAUGCCAUCGACCGAAGUUCGGGCGAGACACAGCUCGAUGCCGAUGGCGGAUUGUUUUCUAUCGAUUCUACGACUGGACUGCUGACCACUAGUGGAGUGUUCAAUCUGGAGACGAUUCGGCGAAAUCUGACGAUCUUAGUGCGAGCAAGUGACGAAGGUGUUCCGAAGCUAUCUUCCACUACAUUGGUUACGAUUGUGGUGGAGGAUAUUUCCGAGUUUCCGCCGAAGUUUUCCCAAGAUGGAUUCGUCGGGGAAGUUGCAGAGGAUGUUAGUUUAGGUUCUGUUGUUCUGGAGAUGGCGACGGUUGACGAAGAUUUCACGAAUGUCGGUCAUGAAUACGCUAUAACCGAAGGAAAUUAUCCAUUUGCGUUUUACGUUGUUCCUAGUACAGGACAAAUUCAAGUUGCUGGCAUUCUUGACUACGAAACAAAACCGACGUAUAACCUCACUGUAUCUGUCUUGGAACGAAGCAUUGACAGGACUUUCCCCACAGAUCAUGCCGUGGUGUAUAUAAAAAUCCUCGACGCAAAUGAUCAUCCGCCAAUUUUCCAACCGAAAAGCUACCAUCGAAGACUGCAGGAGAAUGUUACCAUAGGUACAGAAGUCCGAACGGUCACAUGUUCCGAUAUGGACGCGGGGGCCAAUGCCGUACCGCGCUUUUCAAUCACGGAUGGAAAUGUUGGGGAUGUAUUUGAAGUGGUAACGGAUCCAACAAAUGACCUCUUAGGUGUUGUAAAAGUUGCGGACCAUCUUGAUAGAGAGAAAAUAUCGUCGUAUAUGUUGGAGAUUACUGCCACAGAUAUUGGAGGACUAAAAGACACAGCUGUGUUAGCAGUUCAAAUUGAAGAUGUCAACGACACUCCCCCGAUGUUUUCACCGGCAUUUUACGAAGCGAGCGUAAUCGGAGGUGUUCGUAGAGAGCAAUAUAUCACGACAAUUAAUGCCUCUGACCCGGACCAGUCUCCUAAUGGAGUCCCGUUUACAUUUCAACUCAACAGCACCAACGACGAAUUCCAAUUAAAAAAUCCAACUGGCAACAGCGUUGAACUAUAUACUAAACUAUAUGAAUUUAUUAGAGAGACAACACCGCUGUACCAUGUUAAAGUUGUAGCGACCGACGCCGGCAAUCCUGCUCAGUCAGCGGAAAUGAUGGUUUUCGUGAGUGUUCUUGAUGAUACAGCCAACCAGGAGGCUUUUGAUGGAUCCCUGAGGAUAAUCAUAUUCGCAUUAGAUGGAAAUUUUUCCGGGGGUGUUAUCGGAGAGGUAUAUUAUAAGGAUAACGACUACCAGGUUGAUCAGAACGAGUACACUGUUGUCUCACAAGAACCUGGAAACCACUUUAGCGUGAAUUCCUCCACAGGUCACCUAAGCUGUGUCACAGCCGAUAUACCGAUCGGCGUGUAUUCUAUAAAUGUUACCGUUCGAGAUCAGAACUCUGCGAAAAGUGUGAACUCCGAAAUCACUGUUACAGUUCGAAAUUUGAGUGCUUCUGCUGUCCAACAUGCCGUAGCAUUGCGGUUUCCAAUGGGAAAUUCAGCCAUGUUUAUUGACGGUGUAUACAUGAAGCUGAUAACGACAUUGGCGAAUAUUUUCCAAGUUCCGGCCGAUCAUGUGUAUGUAUUCAGCGUCGCGCAAUCGACGGAAAGUCUCGUCAGUACGCCAACUGGCGUGGAUGUAUGGGUUGCCAUCAAUGACAGGAAUGAUGUUUUUAUGAAUCCUAACUAUGUUUUUACACAAAUUGAGACGAAUUAUGAAAAAAUUGUGGCCUUAGGCGUAAAUAAUGUUGAAAUAGGCUACGAUAAAUGCGCUGUUGAAUCCCAUUCUGUUGGUGUGUGUAAGAACGUUCUUACUGCACAUCAGUCGUACUCGGUGGUCAGCGGAUAUCAUGGUCAAAUACCUGCGCCCAGCUCCAGUCUCACAGUUGUCGUCGUUGAUACAGACCUGCAAGCGACGUAUACGGUGUUGCCCGAGCCGGCAACCAGUUGUGCUUUAUUGCCUUGUUUGAACGGAGGCACUUGCCACGACAUUCUUCCCGAGGGAUAUGUAUGUGAAUGCCCGCAUGAGUAUCGUGGCCCGGAAUGUCAGGCGACAACCAGAACUUUCGACAAAUCCAAUUCCUAUAUUUGGUUGGAACCUCUGUCCGCUUACGAACUAAGCUCGUUCUCCUUCGAGUUUAUGUCACAGCCAAGUUCAAGUAGCGGGUUGUUGGUGUAUCAAGGUGCUGUGAGAAAAGGUGGCAACAACGGUAUGAAAGAUUUCCUUGCUGUGUCGCUUAUAAGUGGAUACGUCACCGUCGCGAUAUCGUUGGGCGGUCGUGCAUUGUCGUUGAAUCUUCGGAACGGUCAACGCUUGGAUGAUGGCGCUUGGCAUCACGUUGAGAUAAAAAGAAUGAAGAAGGAAAUCCGCUUAGUCGUCGACCAUUGUGAGUCGGUCACCGUUACCGAAGAAGACGGUCGAUUUUUUGAAGAUCGGGCGAAAUGUGAAGUGAUCAGUCACACAUUUGGUGAUUAUAUCUAUCUUAAUGGCUUAGGUCCGCUCCAAAUCGGUGGAUCAUCUUUCGCAUUCUCCCAUCCCUCAGUCACGGCCCAAUCAUUCUACGGUUGUAUACGAAACAUCUACGACAACAACCGAAUGUAUGACCUGCAUAACCCGCUAAAGGUGGUCAACGCUUCCCUCGGCUGCAAACGAGGCUGUCAAUCAGAAUGUCAAAACGAAGGCUACUGCGAAGCCGAAAUGUACAACGGGAAAAGUUGUUGCACGUGUGUGCCAGGAUUUACUGGCUGUGAUUGUAGUCAACGAUCUCCUUCCCUGUGGUAUAUUGAGAACAGUUUCAGUGAAUACAACAUCUCGAACAUGGAACAACAAUCUGUGAUCCAAGAUGACCCCGAUGAGCCAUCAUUACCCGUCAGACAUCGGCGUCACAUAUUCGCACGCAUUUUCAGAUAUUUCUUUCCCUUCCACACGAACCUCGUGCUCAGGAUUCGGGUCUUGGCCAAUGUUAGCAAUGCGAUAUUCUUUAGAUCUGCAUCGGCUGCCGAAAGUUCCUCCUCAGAGCUUGGGAUCAAAAAUGGACAUCUAUACUACACAUGUAAAUUUGCCGACGAGAUGAAAACAGUCACCCUGACUGGGGCCAAUAUCACUGACAAUAAAUGGCAUACGGUUCGUGUCAGUAGACGUGGAAAUACAGUCUCACUUCAGAUGGAUUUUAAAGCUAAAGCAUACGGAACUACAGGUGGUGUUGUGCGUCUGACCAGCUUAUCUGGUGGUUCGUUGUACACUGGGGGUAUACCCCGCUAUGCUGAAAAAAUCCUUGUCUCAAGUAAUGGUAACGGCAGUAUGUCCUCGAGGAGCAUGAUGCAUGGCGGGCGGAAAGUUGAAACUGUCCACCAUGACUUUCAAGGCUGCACCGGGGGCGUGACGUACAACGGACAAGAACUUGACGAGAAAUUCCAGUUCAGCCGGUUUCGUGUGGUGAAAGGAUGUCCCUGUGCAACAACUGUCCUGGAUUGCAAGAACAAUUCCACGUGUACGGACGAAGAGCCGCCGUACUGCGCAUGCUCGGAAGGAUUCACGGGGCAGACAUGUGAUCAGGUCGUGACCGAGCCAACACCCAGAGCGCAAAUUACAGUGCCAGGAGAGCGCAAAAGCAAUCGAAACAGAUUAAUGGAUCCAGUUUGGAUUUGUGUUUUCCUCCUCUGUCUAAUCCUUUUAAUCUUUAUCCUCUGCCUACUCCACAUUCUGCCAAUCGUUGGCGGGAAGAGACCGCUGAUCGAGGAGGAGGCUCACGACAGCAUUAUGGCAUACCAGGAACAUGGCGGGGAAGAGAAGGACGCGACAGGAUAUGACGUAACGGUGUUGAUGAAACAUUCGCGUCGCCGGGUAACCUUAACAACUGCGACUUCGGCCGCGCAGGUGAAUGGGGGACUAGAGAUAGACGGAGUGGACUCUCGCGGCGGGAAGAGAAUGGUAUCAAGCUCACAAACGCGAGGUGUAUCUAAUUCCGGUGGUGAAUAUGGUGCUCAAAAAAUGGAAAACUCAAGUGAAUAUAAGGGAACCGCGGCGGAAUCUCGAGCCGCUGGUGCACAUGAAAUCGAAAGUGAACGGCGUUUAAAAUCCUGGAUAAUGGCUCGCGUUUCCGAGGCCGACCAAGAUAACGGUUUUUUCCCAGUAGACGAAAUGGAUCACGUGCGAUAUGAGGGCAAGUAUUCCGAUUUUGACUAUGAACUUAGUGAGAUAGAAUUGGAUGAAGAUUUGAAUGAACGAGGCCAGGAAGUAUGGUCUAUUGACUGGGAUAAUUUUAGAAAGUAAAAUAUCCAUUUUUCUGAUGAUUUUAUUUCCAGCUCGGAUCUAGUCCCCGUGGUUCGUGACCGUGUCGAGUAUAGGAAUCGAAAAAAACGUCAUCGGACGCGAGGCGAAAGAUUUUCGGUUACGAAAAUGGCACUAACUUUUGGGGGGAUAUUUUGAACAUUUGAUUGAAAAGCAAUUCAUUCUCACUGCCACAAACUCUAAGCAGUAGAACGUUCAGUAGCGUAGCCGGCCUGUCGAUUUGUCCCACUAUGCUAAUAUUUUUGUGUUCACUGACUGUGAAAACAAUCAAUUUCUAAA